GCCUAGAGCAGCCCCAGGCCGCCGCGCUCGCGGCGCCGGCCGAGCCGGCCCUCGGCCCCGGCCCCGGCCGCUGGGUGUGGGUGAGGAUGCGCCCCGGCGGGCGGCGGGCGCAGGACCGGGAGGGCGGCGGCGGCAGGCGGCGGCGGCCCGCCGAGUCCAGUCCGCGUUUUGCGAGUGCACGCGAGUAAUCAGAGAGAAGUGGAUAAUAGUUGCUCGGGCUCGCUCGGCUCCCUCUCAUGCCGUGCUGGGCCCGAUCGGCUCAGCCAGUCGUGUAUUUACCCAUAUCCGGGUUAGAGAGGAAAAAAGUUUUCAUUUAAACCUGAACUCAAAACUUUCACCGUGAAAUCACACAGCGGGAGCAGGCCCAGACCGUAAGGCGUGACUCCCGGUUCGGCUCCGGCGGGGCCUUCGGAGGGGGAGGGGGCUCGCUCGAUCCCCAUCGGGGCGUGUGGAUGCGCACAGGAGGGGCCGCGGACUAAAAAGUGGGUUUUAUUGUCUCCCCCCGCCCCCCGCCCGGCCUCGCCACGCCGCGGCGAUCAUGGCCGCGCGGGCAGCAGCGGCAGCGGCGUCGCGGGCGGGCAGCGGCGAGCGGCGGGCGCCCCCCGGGCCGCGGCCGGCGCCCGGGGCCCGGGACCUGGAGGCGGGGACGCGCGGCGCGGCGGCGGCGGCGGCCCCGGGACCCAUGCUGGGGGGCAGCGGCGGCGACGGCCUGAACAGUGUGCACCACCACCCCCUGCACCCCCGUCACGAACUGAACAUGGCCCAUCACGCGAGCGCGGCCGCCGCCGCCAGCUCUAACAGCGCCAAGAGCGGCGGAUCCGAGGCGGCUCUCAAGGAGGGUGGAAGCGCCGCCGCGCUGUCCUCCGCCUCCUCCGCGGCGUCCUCCUCUUCCUCCGCGUCGGGCCCGGGCUCGGCCAUGGAGACGGGGCUGCUCCCCAACCACACACUGAAAACCGUUGGCGAGGCCCCCUCCGCGCCGCCCCACCAGCAGCACCACCACCACCAUGCCCACCACCACCACCACCAUGCCCACCACCUCCACCACCACCACCACGCACUACAGCAGCAGCUAAACCAGUUCCAGCAGCAGCAGCAGCAGCAGCAACAGCAGCAGCAGCAGCAGCAACAUCCCAUUUCCAACAACAACAGCCUCGGCGGCGCGGGCGGCGGCGCGGCGCAGCCCGGUCCCGACAUGGAGCAGCCGCAACAUGGAGGCGCCAAGGACAGCGCCGCGGGCAGCCAGGCCGACCCCCCAGGCCAGCCUCUGCUGAGCAAGCCGGGCGAGGAGGAGGACGACGCGCCGCCCAAGAUGGGGGAGCCGGCGGGCGGCCGCUACGAGCACCCGGGCCUGGGCGCCCUGGGCGCGCAGCAGCAGCAGCCGCCGCCGCCCGUCGCCGUGCCCGGGGGCGGCGGCGGCGGCGGCGGCGGCCCGGCGGCCGUCUCGGAGUUUAAUAAUUACUACGGCAGCGCGGCCCCUGCGAGCGGCGGCCCCGGCGGCCGCGCCGGGCCUUGCUUUGAUCAACAUGGCGGACAACAAAGCCCCGGGAUGGGGAUGAUGCACUCCGCCUCGGCCGCCGCCGGGGCCCCCGGCAGCAUGGACCCCCUGCAGAACUCCCACGAAGGGUACCCCAGCAGCCAGUACAACCAUUAUCCGGGCUACAGCCGGCCCGGCGCGGGCGGCGGCGGCGGCGGAGGCGGAGGCGGAGGAGGAGGAGGCAGCGGAGGAGGAGGAGGAGGAGGAGGAGGAGCAGCAGCAGGAGCGGGAGCUGUGGCGGCGGCGGCCGCGGCGGCGGCAGCAGCAGCAGCAGGAGGCGGCGGCGGCGGCUAUGGGGGCUCGUCCUCGGGGUACGGGGUGCUGAACUCCCCCCGGCAGCAGGGCGGCGGCAUGAUGAUGGGCCCCGGGGGCGGCGGGGCCGCGAGCCUCAGCAAGGCGGCCGCCGGCGCGGCGGCGGGGGGCUUCCAGCGCUUCGCCGGACAGAACCAGCACCCGUCGGGGGCCACGCCGACCCUCAACCAGCUGCUCACCUCGCCCAGCCCCAUGAUGAGGAGCUACAGCGGCAGCUACCCCGACUACAGCAGCCCCAGCGCGCCGCCGCCGCCGCCGCCGUCGCAGCCACAGUCCCAGGCGGCGGCGGGGGCGGCGGCGGGCGGCCAGCAGGCGGCCGCGGGCAUGGGCUUGGGCAAGGACCUGGGCGCCCAGUACCCCGCCGCCAGCCCGGCCUGGGCGGCCGCGCAACAAAGGAGCCACCCGGCGAUGAGCCCCGGCACCCCGGGCCCCAGCAUGGGCAGAUCCCAGGGCAGCCCCAUGGACCCCAUGGUGAUGAAGAGGCCGCAGCUGUAUGGGAUGGGCAGCAACCCUCACUCCCAGCCUCAGCAGAGCAGCCCGUACGCCGGAGGCUCCUACGGCGCCCCCGGCCCGCAGCGGUACCCUCUGGGCGUCCAGGGCCGGGCCCCGGGGGCCAUGGGCGGAAUGCAGUACCCGCAACAGCAGAUGCCGCCGCAGUACGGACAACAAGGUGUGAGUGGUUACUGCCAGCAGGGCCAGCAGCCUUAUUACAACCAGCAGCCGCAGCCUCCGCACCUCCCCCCACAGGCUCAGUACCUGCCAUCCCAGUCCCAGCAGAGGUACCAGCCGCAGCAGGACAUGUCUCAGGAAGGCUACGGAACCAGGUCUCAACCUCCAAUGGCUCCUGGGAAGCCUAACCACGAAGACUUGAACCUGAUACAACAAGAAAGACCAUCAAGUUUACCAGACCUGUCUGGCUCCAUCGAUGCUCCCACGGGAACGGAAGCCACCCUGAGCUCAGCGGUCAGCGCGUCCGGGUCCACGAGCAGCCAGGGGGAUCAGAGCAACCCGGCUCAGUCGCCUUUCUCUCCACACGCGUCCCCGCAUCUCUCCAGCAUCCCCGGGGGCCCGUCGCCGUCUCCCGUUGGCUCUCCGGUGGGAAGCAACCAGUCACGGUCAGGCCCGAUCUCGCCCGCGAGCAUUCCAGGCAGUCAGAUGCCUCCGCAGCCACCCGGGAGCCAGGCCGAGUCGAGCGCCCACCCCGCCCUGAGCCAGUCCCCAAUGCCGCAGGAGCGAGGUUUUAUGGCAGGCACACAAAGAAACCCUCAAAUGUCUCAAUAUGGACCUCAGCAGACAGGACCAUCCGUGUCGCCUCAUCCUUCUCCCGGAGGCCAGAUGCAUCCCGGAAUCGGUAGCUUUCAGCAGAGUAACUCGGGUGGGACUUACGGUCCACAGAUGAGCCAGUAUGGACCACAAGGUAACUACUCCAGACCCUCAACGUAUAGCGGGGUGCCCGGUGCGAGCUACAGUGGCCCAGGGCCCGGCAUGGGCAUCAACGCCAACAACCAGAUGCAUGGACCAGGGCCAGGCCAGCCGUGUGGCGCUGUGCCCCUGGGACGGAUGCCAUCGGCUGGGAUGCAGAACAGACCGUUUCCUGGAAACAUGAGCAGCAUGACCCCCAGUUCUCCCGGCAUGUCUCAGCAGGGGGGGCCAGGAAUGGGCCCGCCGAUGCCGACCGUGAACCGUAAGGCACAGGAGGCAGCUGCCGCAGUGAUGCAGGCCGCUGCAAACUCGGCACAGAGCAGGCAAGGCAGCUUUCCGGGCAUGAAUCCGAGUGGACUCGUGGCUUCCAGCUCUCCCUACAGCCAGCCCAUGAACAACAGCUCUGGGCUGAUGAACACCCAGGCGCCGCCCUACAGCAUGACGCCCAACAUGGUGAACAGCUCCACAGCAUCUGUGGGUCUUGCAGAUAUGAUGUCUCCUGGCGAGUCCAAGCUGCCCCUGCCUCUCAAAACGGACGGGAAGGAAGAAGGCACCCCACAGCCUGAGAGCAAGGCGAAGGAUAGCUACAGCUCUCAGGGUAUUUCUCAGCCCCCAACCCCCGGCAACCUGCCAGUCCCUUCCCCAAUGUCCCCCAGCUCUGCUAGCAUCUCCUCCUUUCACGGAGAUGAGAGUGAUAGCAUUAGCAGCCCAGGCUGGCCAAAGACUCCGUCAAGCCCUAAGUCCAGCUCCUCCUCCACCACCGGGGAAAAGAUCACCAAGGUGUAUGAGCUGGGGAACGAGCCGGAGAGAAAGCUGUGGGUCGACCGCUACCUUAACUUCAUGGAGGAGAGAGGCUCCCCGGUCUCCAGCCUGCCUGCCGUGGGCAAGAAGCCCCUGGACCUCUUCCGACUCUAUGUCUGCGUCAAAGAGAUCGGAGGUUUGGCCCAGGUUAAUAAAAACAAAAAGUGGCGUGAGCUGGCAACCAACCUGAACGUUGGCACGUCGAGCAGUGCAGCCAGCUCCCUGAAAAAGCAGUAUAUCCAGUACCUGUUUGCCUUCGAGUGCAAGACGGAGCGUGGGGAGGAGCCGCCGCCGGAAGUCUUCAGCACCGGGGAGACCAAGAAGCAGCCCAAGCUGCAGCCGCCAUCUCCUGCUAACUCCGGAUCCUUGCAAGGUCCCCAGACCCCCCAGUCGACUGGCAGUAAUUCGAUGGCGGAGGUUCCGGGUGACCUGAAGCCGCCGACUCCAGCCUCCACCCCUCACGGACAGAUGACCCCGAUGCAAGGCGGCAGAAGCAGUACAGUCAGCGUGCACGACCCCUUCUCGGACGCGAGUGACUCCUCGUUCCCCAAACGGAACUCCAUGACCCCGAGCGCCCCGUACCAGCAGGGCCUGAGCAUGCCCGACGUGAUGGGCAGGGUGCCCUAUGAACCCAACAAGGACCCCUUCGGGGGCAUGAGAAAAGUGCCUGGAGGCAGUGAGCCCUUCAUGACGCAAGGGCCGAUGCCCACGAGCAGCAUGCAGGACAUGUACACCCAGAGCCCCUCCGGAGCCAUGUCCGGCCUGGGCAUGGGGCAGCGGCAGCAGUUUCCCUACGGAACCACCUACGACCGGAGGCAUGAGCCCUACGGGCAGCAGUACCCGGGCCAAGGCCCCCCCUCAGGACAGCCGCCGUACGGAGGACACCAGCCGGGCCUGUAUGCGCAGCAGCCGAACUACAAACGCCAUAUGGACGGCAUGUACGGGCCUCCAGCCAAACGCCACGAGGGGGACGUGUACAACAUGCAGUACGGCAGCCAGCAGCAGGAGAUGUACAACCAGUACGGUGGCUCCUACUCGGGCCCGGACCGCAGGCCCCUGCAGGGCCAGUACCCGUACCCGUACAACCGGGAGAGGAUGCAGGGCCCGGGCCAGAUGCAGCCGCACGCCAUGCCCCCACAGAUGAUGGGCGGCCCCAUGCCCUCGGCCUCCGGCGAGGGGCCCCAGCAGAGCCUGUGGGCGGCGCGGAACGACAUGCCUUACCCCUACCAGAACCGGCAGGGCCCCGGCGGCCCCGCGCAGGCGCCGCCGUACCCCAGCAUGAACCGCGCGGACGACAUGAUGGUGCCUGAUCAGCGGAUCAAUCACGAGAGCCCGUGGCCUUCCCACGUCAGCCAGCGUCAGCCUUACCUGCCCUCCUCCGCCUCCAUGCAGCCCGUCACGCGCCCGCCGCCGUCGUCCUACCAGACGCCGCCGUCGCUGCCAAACCACAUCUCCAGAGCGCCCAGCCCCGCGUCCUUCCCGCGCUCGCUCGAGAGCCGCAUGUCGCCCAGCAAGUCCCCCUUCCUGCCCUCCAUGAAGAUGCAGAAGGUCAUGCCCGCCGUGCCCACGUCCCAGGUCGCCGGGCCGCCCCCCCAGCCCCCCCCCAUCCGGAGGGAGAUCACCUUCCCUCCCGGCUCCGUGGAGGCCUCGCAGCCAGUCCUGAAACAAAGGCGAAAGAUUACCUCAAAGGACAUCGUCACUCCGGAGGCGUGGCGUGUGAUGAUGUCCCUGAAGUCAGGUCUUCUGGCCGAGAGCACGUGGGCUCUGGACACUAUCAAUAUCCUCCUGUACGAUGACAGCACGGUCGCUACGUUCAACCUCUCCCAGCUGUCCGGAUUUCUCGAACUGUUGGUGGAGUACUUCAGGAAAUGCCUGAUCGACAUUUUUGGAAUCCUCAUGGAGUACGAAGUGGGAGACCCCAGCCAAAAGGCCCUGCAGAGCGCGGCAAAGAGAGAGGAUGGCCAGGCCUCGGGCGACGAUUCUGGGAAGGAGGAGGAAGAUGCUGAAUGUUCGGGGGACGAGGGCGACGAGGAGGAGGAAGAGGAGGAGGAGGAGGAAGACAGUGGAAAGGCAGAGACGGAGGAGAAGAGCGGCCCGGCCCCAACGCCUCCCGACGCCACUGUGGAUCCCAAGGAGAAGCCCAGGCAGGCCAGCAAGUUCGACAAGCUGCCGAUCAAGAUCGUCAAGAAGAACAACCUGUUCGUGGUCGACCGGUCCGACCGGCUGGGCCGGGUGCAGGAGUUCACCAGCGGCCUCCUGCACUGGCAGCUCGGGGGCGGCGACACCACCGAGCACAUCCAGACCCACUUCGAGAGCAAGAUGGAGAUCCCUCCACGCAGGCGCCCGCCUCCCGCUCCGAGCUCCACCUCCACGGGCCGGAAGAAGGAGCCGGAGGGGAGAGGGGACGGGGACGAGCAGCAGGAGAGAAGCAUCAUCGCCACCAUCGACGACGUGCUGUCCGCACGGCCGGGGGCCCUGCCCGAGGACGCCAACCCCGGGGCACAGGCGGAGAGCAGCAGCAAGUUCCCCUUCGGCAUCCACCAGGCCAAGAGCCACCGGAACAUCAAGCUGCUGGAGGACGAGCCGCGGAGCCGCGACGAGACCCCGCUCUGCACCAUCGCGCACUGGCAGGACUCCCUGGCCAAGCGCUGCAUCUGCGUGUCGAACAUCGUCCGCAGCCUGUCCUUCGUGCCCGGCAACGACGCCGAGAUGUCCAAGCACCCGGGCUUGGUGCUGAUCCUCGGGAAGCUGAUCCUCCUCCACCACGAGCACCCGGAGAGGAAGCGGGCGCCGCAGACCUACGAGAAGGAGGAAGACGAGGACAAGGGGCUGGCCUGCAGCAAGGACGAGUGGUGGUGGGACUGCCUCGAGGUCUUGCGGGACAACACGCUGGUCACGCUGGCCAACAUCUCCGGGCAGCUGGACUUGUCUGCCUACACGGAAAGCAUCUGCUUGCCGAUCUUGGAUGGCUUGCUGCACUGGAUGGUGUGCCCGUCCGCGGAGGCACAAGACCCCUUCCCCACGGUGGGACCCAACUCCGUCCUGUCGCCUCAGAGGCUUGUGCUGGAGACCCUCUGUAAACUCAGUAUCCAGGACAACAAUGUGGACCUGAUCUUGGCCACGCCCCCGUUUAGUCGGCAGGAGAAAUUCUAUGCGACGCUAGUUAGGUACGUUGGGGACCGCAAAAACCCAGUCUGUCGAGAGAUGUCCAUGGCGCUCUUGUCGAACCUGGCCCAAGGAGACACGCUGGCAGCGCGGGCAAUAGCUGUGCAAAAGGGGAGCAUUGGAAACUUGAUAAGCUUCCUGGAGGACGGGGUCACGAUGGCCCAGUACCAGCAGAGCCAGCACAACCUCAUGCACAUGCAGCCCCCGCCGCUAGAGCCGCCCAGCGUGGACAUGAUGUGCAGGGCGGCCAAGGCGCUGCUGGCCAUGGCCAGGGUGGACGAGAACCGCUCGGAGUUCCUCCUGCACGAGGGCCGGCUGCUGGACAUCUCGAUAUCCGCCGUCCUGAACUCGCUGGUGGCGUCCGUCAUCUGCGACGUACUGUUUCAGAUCGGGCAGUUAUGACACCCGUGAGAAGCCGCAUGUGUGAGUGAAGGCUAGAAGCUCCCGUGGGACUGGCUGUGUUCUGUUCUCGUUUCUCCAGCGCAGGAAGAAGGAAAAGAGAAUCUUUGCUCCUCUGCCCCGUUCACUAUUUACCAAUUGGGAAUUAAAGAAAUCAUUAAUUCGAACAGUUAUGAAAUUAAUAUUUGCUGUCUGUGUGUAUAAGUACAUCUGUUUGGGGUUUUUUUUUUAAUUGUUUUUUUUUUAACCAAAGUUACUGUCUAGUGCAUUCAAAGGUCACUUUUUAUUUUUCACAGCUUUUCUUUUUAUUGUUCUUUUUCCAUGUUGUAUUAUUGCAUUUUGGGGGAAGUAAAUUGACUUCAAAGAAAAAAAGUGGUGGCAAAGAUGCUAAGAUGGGAAAGUUUCACCACACCAAGGCAGAAAGGUGAAAAGUGGCCGAUAUCCCAGGCGCGUCACACUUCAGACACCGAAACAAAAACCGUGUCCCAUCGCCCAAAGCUCUGUGCAAUAGAAACUUCUAGAGAUGUGUAGGUAUAGGGGCCCAAGGAGGUGUGUCAGUCGGUAGUCCAACCAUGAAACGAUACUGGUUUCUCCACAGGAAAAUGGUUACAUUAGGCUAGGAGCAAAAAUAACGUGGUUUUUACUUUUUAAGUUAAGAUUGAAAGUACGUACCUGACAGCGAUCAACGACCUUGCUUCCUCACCACUCCCGUCACGUCUGCUGUCUGCCAUGGGCCCUCCACGUGACAGUUCUUCACGAUUCCUUUCAUCGUUUUUUAAAUAUUUUUUUUUUACUGCCUCUGGGCUGUGAUGUAUAUAGAAGUUGUACAUUAAACAUACCCUCAUUUUUUUUCUUUUCUUUUUUCUUUUUUUUUUUUUUUAGUACAAAGUUUUUAGUUUCUUUUUCAUGAUGUGGUAACUACGAAGUGAUGGUAGAUUUUAAAUAAUUUUUUAUUUUUAUUUUAUAUAUUUUUUCAUUAGGGCCAUAUCUCCAAAAAAAGGAAAAAAAUACAAAAAACAAAAACAAAAAAAAAAAGAGGGUAAUGUACAAGUUUCUGUAUGUAUAAAGUCAUGCUCUAUUCCGGGAGAGCAGCCGAUCACAAUUUGCUUCAUGAAUCAAGGUGUGAAAAUGGUUGCAUACGGAUUGAUUCAGAAAAUGGUCACCAGUACAGACAAAAAAAAAGAAAAACAUACAACUACAAGGAAGAAACACAACUUCAAAGAUUUUUCAGUGACGAGAAUCCACAUUUGUAUUUCAAGAUAAUGUAGUUUAAAAAAAGAGAGAGAGAGAAAAAAAAAUCUUGAUGUAAAUUCCUCCUUUUCCUCUGGCUUAAUGAAUAUCAUUUAUUCAGUAUAAAAUCUUUAUAUGUUCCACAUGUUAAGAAUAAAUGUACAUUAAAUCUUGUUAAGCACUGUGAUGGGUGUUCUUGAAUACUGUUUUAGUUUCCUUAAAGUGGGUCCAUAGUGCCAGCUUGCUUACAAGGUGUGUGGAAAUACAGCCGUGGACUAUCACAGCCCCUGGUCACCAAACCGUGAGGUCGGGAGGGGCCUUCAGGGGUCACCUGCUGUGGAGUGGGGAGCAACAGUCUGACCUCAAACUAGUCAGCUACUUAGCCUCUGUUCGAAGCAAUCAACUCUAUAACGACACCGAGGUAUGAGGAUUUUCAGGGUCUGUGGGAGGUUGGCUGCCAGCCCACAGGGCGAGACCUCACGAGCUCACUGGCCUGACAGUGUGAGACUCUGCCUUUUAUUGAUCCCGUCUUAAUUUGAACCAGAGUUCAGUCUAUUCCAUGUUUCCUCUGUGUGCCUCAGAGUCAUUUUGCAUUUAGUCGACUCCACCGUGUAUAAUAUUUAUACUGUGCAAUGUUAAAAAGAGUAUGUUAUAUUGUAUGUCGUGUACAUAGUGCAAAGUGAUUAUUUCUAUUUCAGGGCAUAUUAAUAUUCUCAUAUUCCUUCCUACCUGGUGCACAAUAGCUUUUUAAUACUAGUCAUUUCUCAUUUCGACUUUUUCUUCCUGGGAUUGACUGUUACUGCGUCACCUUCGCUCUCUUUAAAACUGCUGCAGAACUAAGCUGUUAGUGGGCACCCUCCUGGUUCUACCUCUUCACGCACCCGCCCGGCCACCGCAUGCUCACACCUCCAAGCCCUCCGCCAGGCCUGUUCCCCGGGGCGCAUCACUCACGGUCACACACGGACGAGUUAGACCAGAGCACGCAGUCACAAUCAGAGUGGGAAGCGGGACUCUCGAGUGUCACAAGAAAAAAAAGAGAAAAAAAAAACAUUUUUUCUGCACGCAGUCUCAUCCAUCAACUCCCACAUCACUUAGUCUUCUUACAUAACAAUGCAGCCAAAUACAUGUUGAAUUAAAAACCCAUUUAUAAUUCUACUUGAAAUACAUCUGCUUGCUGGGAACAGAUUUUAGAGCUCCAAGCUUCAAAUAAGGAGAUUUGUAGGAGGGAAUUCAGUAUGGUUAGAAUUCCUCUCUUACGGAGUAUGAAUAAAAAAGGUUUGAAGUUACCUACUAGCCCGGUUGGUUGUCCAUGAGAAGAGUAAAGUCGUUACCGAGGACCGUCGUCGUGGCUGAGUUGGCGUCAGCACCCCGGAGCCCCGCCGUGGAGCGUGGCGUGCACGUGCUGACGUGCACCGUGGUCUCUAGAAUGAUCCGGGAAGACUUGAGUAUCCUUUCUCCACCCUCGCCCCAGACUCGAGACGACAGAAGCCCAUGAAGAACUCACAGCCCACCUGAGAUCGUCCUGCCUACAAACUGAGUUAUUGCUUUGUCCUAAAAAGUAGUUGGUUUUUUUUUCCUAUGAGGUUUUCCAGAAAUUUACAGGAUGCCCAUCUUGAUAUGUGUACAAAAAAA